ACAAUGACACUUAGGGUAUCACACGAUUCAGGACCAUAGCGAUUGCCAGAUCCCCACGAGUAUGGUUGAAGUAGCAACGGAGCAAUAUAAUAAAUCCUAAGAUUUUUGACAAGAUAAGCACUCGCAAAACGGAUCACUGCACCAUGGUAAGAUAGACUACCUGGGCAAACAGACCAACUUGUUCUCUCUUAAGAGAAAGGAUUACAACUGUAAACAGAAGACAAGCCAAUCGCAGAGGAAUAAUUUGGGAGCCUGACAAAGCAGAAGUCGGCCUGCAUUGGCGGGACGGCAGUAGGGAGAGUGGAAUGUGCACUCAAUAUUGUCCCUGAGGACAGAGGAGAGACGUUUUAAAGCAUUAAAGCUUUGGUACAAUAAAGAAGAGGAGGACUCUGUCCCACCUCGGUGACAGGCAGCGAUUGCAUGCCUGUGACGCGGCGUGAGACAUGGAUGUAUUUGGUGGUGCGCCCCGUUUUUUGGCCUACCCUCGCCCCGUAGUCGUGCAAAGCGGUACUGAUGCUGCCCUGAAAUGCCAGAUUGGCGGAGACCCUCGUCCAGCUGUCAUCUGGGAGAGGAACAACAAGCAGAUUCACCCCGAGGGCCGCUAUCGUCUGUUCGAAGAUGGAAACGUCUACAAUCUCAUCAUAUCCGGAGCAAGUAUGGAGGACAGUGGCCAGUACAUCUGUAAGGCUAAGAACAGUAUUGGGGAGACCUAUGCGGCUGCCACUUUGAAGGUGGAGGGUGAGGCGCAGGAGAUGGAGCUACGAGAGGAAAACAAACCGCGCUUUCUCAUCAAGCCCCUCUCAACCAGGGUGGGCCGUGGAGAGGAUGCUGUCUUCUCAUGCAAACUUUGGGGUAAUCCCCGACCUGAAGUGGUUUGGGAGAAGGAUGGAAAAAAGCUCAGUGAGAUCUUUGAGAGUACACAUUUCAGUGUGGGCUACCAGGAUGGGGGCUGGUUUCAGCUUAAGAUUUUUAAGACUCGGGCUCCUGAUGGUGGAGUAUAUACAUGCAAGGCUAGAAAUGAGUUUGGAGAGGGAUUAGCAGGGGCUGUGCUGUUAGUUGAUGCAGGCCCUGGACAUGAAGAGGAGAGUACCCGGAAUGGGUACGCUAACGGCCACUGGAAACCCCAUCAGAGCAAACAACGGGGGGGCAGACAGGUGGCCACACGGGUAAAAGAGGACCCCCUUCCCAGUUCGGCGAAAGUGAAAAUGUUUGCAGUUACAGAAGGAAAACACGCCAAGUUUCGAUGCUUUGUGACAGGAAAACCAAAACCGGAGAUAAUCUGGCGGAAAGACGGGAGGCUGAUCCUGUCUGGGCGCCGUUAUCUGUUGUAUGAAGACCGAGAAGGUUAUUUCACGCUCAAAGUGCUCUACUGUAAACAACAGGACAAUGGGGUUUAUGUCUGUGCAGCAUCCAACACGGCAGGACAGACCCUCAGCGCUGUGCAUCUCUCCGUGAAAGAGCCCCUUGUACGGUUCAAGCAACCACUCACUGAUCUUGAGGUAUGGGAGCGGGACCUAGCCAUCUUGGAGUGUGAGGUCCCUGAGGACUCAGUGCCUACGACAUGGUACCUAGAGGACCGGCGGCUACAGCCGGGGGCCAAGUACGGGAUGGAAGAAUGGGGUACAAAACGACGCCUAACUAUCCGCGACAUCGGAGCAGACGAUGACGGCAUCUAUCUGUGCGAGAUGGCAGAUGGAGGGCGGAGCAUUGCUGAAGUAUCUGUCAGAGGAACGAUUGUGCGCAAGCUUCCACGAAAAGUGGAUGUUCUUGAAGGGGAAAAUGCUGCCUUUUGUGUGGAGGUGGAGGAGGAAGAAAUGGACAUCCACUGGUACAAAGAUGGAGUUGAGCUCAGAGAGACUCAUCAGACCAUUUUAAAGUCCUUCGGCAAAACUCACAUCCUAGUUUUUGUCAACACCUCGCCCCAAGAUUCCGGCAUGGUGACUUUCAUCGUGGGCAGAUCGAAGACGUCGUCGCAUCUCAGGGUGAAAUCUGUCAGACACAGCCCGCCCAGUUGUCCGAUCAAUGUUCAAAUUAAUUUGGAACGUGCCAAUGCUGCCCUCCUUUCCUGGGUCCCAGCACAUGACUCCCGCAGAAACCCACCUUCAGGAUAUGUCCUUGAGAGACAGGAGGUCGGCUCCCAGGAGUGGCUGCAGUGUCUGACCACGGACUCGGCCACUUCAGUGGAAAUACUUGGGGACAGCGUGCCCUGUGAGGCGGACUACAGGUUCCGCAUCUGUAGUGUCAACAAGUAUGGCAAGAGUGGCCAUGUGGACUUCCCCAGAGCGGCCCACCUUGUCCCAGUAGCCAAAAUACAAGCACCCUUGCAAGAUGCUCUUGUCCCAGAAGGUCAGGAUGCUUCUUUCACAAUCGACCUUUCAGCCUCUGUUAUCGGAACGUGGUUUCUAAAUGGUACCCAAAUCCAGGAUGAUGACAGAUUUUUAAUGCGACGGUCUCGAACACACCAUUCCCUGCGUAUUCGCGGGGUGCAAGAGGCAGACAAUGGAGCGGAAAUCACUUUUAUUGCCUAUGGCGUAAGAGAUUCUGCUGCACUCUACAUUCAAGCACCACUGGUGAAAUUUAAACCCCUCUCAGAGAUGGAUCGGAAUAAAUUUAUUGAAGUUGGCAACCCAAUCGUGCUGUAUUGUGAGUUGUCGGAUCCUCAGGCACCAGUCCACUGGUACAAAAAUGGGGUGGAGCUACACACAUCUGAUAAUCUUCACAUCCAAUCAGAGGGAACUAUGAGGAGGAUUGUCAUCCCUUCAGCUGAGUUCUCCCAUUCAGGAGUGUACAGCUGUGAUGCCAUCGAUGAUGUCAUCAGAUUCAAUGUGGAAGUAGAAGCUCCACCAGUGAGGUUCUUCUCAAUACCUGAAGUAGAGAGGAACAAGUCAUUUGAAGCAGGUCAGCCCAUUGUGCUGCAGUGUGAGCUCUCAGACGCCACGGCCCAGGUCUGCUGGUAUAAGGAUGGAAUAGAGCUUCACUCAAAGACUGGAAUAGACAUCCAAUCAGAUGGAAAUAUGAGAACCUUGAUUGUCCGGUCAGCUGAUUUUAUCCAUUCUGGAGUAUAUACCUGCAAGACAAAGGGUGAUGCCAUCAAGUUUAUUGUGGACAUAAAAGAGAAGAACAAGUCCAUUGAAGCAGGCUGCCCGAUCGUACUACAGUGUGAGCUCUCAGACCCAACUGCUCAGGUGUGCUGGUACAAAGAUGGAUCAGAACUGCACCCACACAGUGGAACAGACAUCCAAUCAGAAGGCAGCGUCAGAACUCUGACUGUACAGUCAGCAGAACCUUUGCACUCUGGGUUAUACAGUUGCCAAACAAAGGAUGAUUCCGUACAGUUUCAUGUGGACAUCAAAGAAUCACCACCAGUAGCUCUACCACUGAGGUUCUCAGCUGUUCCUGAAGUAAAGAAACCGAAGUCCGUUGAACCAGGCUGCCCCAUUGUACUGCAGCACGAGCUCUCACCCCCCAAUGCCCAGGUCUGCGGGUACGAGGACGGAAAAGAGCUCCACCCACAAGCUGGUAUAGACAACCAAACAAAUGGCAUCACGAGGACAGUAGUUGUCCAGACAUCCGAGUUCUCCAAUUCUGGAACAAACAAUUGUGAGACAAAGGAUGAUGCCAUUCAGUUUAACCUAGAUUUACAAGCCCCACCAGUGAGGUUCUCAUCUGUUCCUGAAGCAGAGAAAAACAAGUCCAUUGAAGCAGGCCAGCCCAUUGUACUACAGUGUGAGCGCUCAGACCCCUCAGUCUGCUGGUACACAGAUGGGACACAACAAUUACCAAAAGCUGAUCUUGACAUACAAUCAGAAGGCAUCACAAGGACACUGUCAGUCCAGUCAGCUGAGUUAUCUCACACUGGGAUGUACAGCUGUAAGACUACUGAUGAUGACCUCCACUUAAAUGUGGAAGUUGCAGAAAAGUUGCCUCACUCUGGGGAGUGCAGUUGUGAGAUAUCUGAUGACGCUGUCCAGAGCACCGUGGAUAACAAAGCUCCACCAAUGACGUUUUCAACUAUUCCUGAAGCUGAGGGGCAAUUGAAGUCAAUUGAAGCAGGCAACCCAAUAGUACUACAUUGUGAGCUCUCAAACCCCACUGCCCAGGUCUGCUGGUACAAGGAUGGAAAGCAGCUCCACCCACAAGCAGGGCUAGAGAUCCAAUCAGUAGAUUCUGUAAGGAGAUUGAUUAUCGAAUCAGCAAGCUUCUUUCACUCUGGGGUGUACAGCUGUGAUACUGCUGAUGAUGUCAUAACUUUCAAGGUGGAUGUUGAAGCACCUUCAGAGAGAUUCUCAGCAGUUCCUGAAGUAGAGAAGAGCAAGCCCAUUGAAACAGACAGCCCAAUACUGUGGCAAUGCCAGCCCUCAGCACCACAUAGGCAAACAGAAAAGGAUGAAACAAAGUGCAGACCACAAGCCGAAUUGGACAUUCAGUCUGAAGACCGCAUGAGAAGAUUGGCUGCCCAGUCAGAGCUCUGUCACUCACAGGAAUACAGUUGUGAAGUGGAUGAUGAUCUCUUAACACUUAAGGUGGAUGUUAAAGCUCCAUCAACCAAGUUCAAAGUGGUUCCUGAACUAGAGAGGUGUACAUCGGUCAACGUCGGCUGUCCCAUUGUGUUGCACUGUGAGGUCUCAGACCCGACUACCCAGGUAUCCUGGUACAAGAAUGUCACUGAGCUCCUCUCAAAGCCUGGACAAGAUAUCAAAUCAGAAGGCACCACAAGACAGCUCAUCAUUCAGUCCGCAGAGCUUUCUCACACAGGAUUGUACAGCUGUGAGGCAAUGGAUGAUGCUGUCCAGUUUAAUGUGAACGUCAAAGAGUCCAUAGUGCCAACAUUGAGAUUUUCAGCGAUUCCAGAAUUAGAGAAGAACAAGUCCAUUGAAGCAGGCCAGCCCAUUGACCUACAGUGUGAGCUCUCAGACUCAAGCGCCCAGGUCUGCUGGUACAAGGAUGGGAUGGAACUUCAGCCAAAGACUGGAAUAGACAUCCAAUCAAAUGACAAUAUGAGAAGACUGGUUAUUCAGUCUGCUGAUUUUAUCCAUUCUGGGGUAUACAGCUGCAAGACAGAGGGUGAUGCUGUCGAGUUUAAUGUGGACGUCAAAGCUCCCCCAGUGAGAUUCAAAGAUCUUUCUGAAGCUGAGAAGAUCAAGUCCAUUGAAGAAGGCUGCCCCAUUGUACUACAGUGUGAGAUUUCAGACCCUACUGCACAGGUCUGGUGGUACAAGGAUGGAAUAGAACUCCACCCACAAGUUGGAAUAGACAUCCAAUCAGACGGGAACAUCAGGAAACUGACUGUCCAAUCAGCAGAAAUGUCACACACAGGACUGUAUGUCUGUGCAGUUGUGGAGGAUGACAUUACAUUUAAAGUGGUUGUUCAAGCCCCACUGGUGAAGUUCUCAGAUGUUCCUGAAGCUCAAAGGCACAAGUAUGUGAAGCCAGGCUGCCCCAUAAUACUGCAGUGCGAGGUCUCAGACCCCAGUGCCCAAGUCCAGUGGUACAAGGAUGGAAUAGAGCUCUACUCAAAGACUGGAAUGAACUUCCAGUUAGAAGAAAACAUCAGGAAACUGACUAUCGAUUCAGCAGAAACAUCACACUCAGGAGUUUACAAAUGUGUGGCUCUGGACGAUGUUAUUACGUUUAAAGUCGAUGUUCAAGCUCCACCUGUGAAGUUCUCAGAUGUUCCAGAAGCUCAAAGGCACAAGUGUGUUAAGCAGGGCUGCCCCAUAAUACUGCAGUGUGAAAUCUCAGAUUCCGCUGCCAAGGUCUGGUGGUACAAGGACGGAAUGCAGCUCCACCAAAAACUUGGUCUAGACAUCCAAUCAGAUGGGAAUAUCAGGAAACUGACCGUCCAAUCAGCAGAAAUAUCACACUCAGGAGUGUACAGCUGUGGAGCUGUUGAUGAUGCAAUUGCAUUUAAAGUGGAUGUUCAAGCUCCACCUGUGAAGUUCUCAGAUGUUCCUGAAGCUCAAAGACACAAGAGUGUUAAGCCAGGCUGCCCCAUAAUACUGCAGUGUGAGGUCUCAGACCCCACUGCCCAGGUCUGCUGGUCCAAGGAUGGAAUAGAGCUCCACCCAAAGACUGGAAUAAACAUCCAAUCAGAAGGCACCAUGAGGACACUGAUUAUCCAGUCAGCAGACAUCUGUCACUCUGGAGUAUACAGCUGUAAUACAAUGGAUGAUAUCAUCCAAUUUUAUGUGGACAUCAAAGCUUCAACAGCAAUUUUGUCACCGAUUCCUGCAUCUGAGAAGAGCAAGUCAAUUGAAGCAGGCUGUCCCACUGAAGCACAGUGUGAGCUCUCAGAUCCGAACUCUCAGGUUUGGAAAACAGAUGGAACAGAACUCCACCCGCAAACUGGAAUAAAUGUCCAAAUAGAAGACAUCCAAAGGACAAUGCCAGUCCCUUUAGCUGAAAUAGCCAAAGCUGGACUGAACAGCUGCAAGACAACAGAUAAUGUUUUGAAGUUUACUGUGGACAAUGAAGCUCCAUCAGUGAAGUUCGUAGAACUUCCAGAAGUAGAGAGGCACGAAUCUGUUGAGGCAGGUCAACCUAUUAUACUACCAUGUGAGCUCUCAGACCCCUCUGACCAGGUCUGGUACAAGGAUGGAACCGAACUCCCAAAGCUUGGAAUUAAUAUCCAAUCAGAAGUCAACAUAAGAACACAGGUUAUCCAAUCAGCAGACUUCUGUCACUCUGGAAUAUACAGCUGUAACACAGGGGAUGAUGCCACCCAGUUUUAUGUGGACAGCAAAGCUCUGCCAGAGAGACUCGCUUCAAUUCCUGAAGUAGAGAUGAACAAGUCCAUUGAACCAGGAUGCCCCAUUGUACUACAGUGUGAGCUCUCAGACCCAACUGCCGAGGUCUCCUGGUACAAGGAUGGAAUAGAGCUCUCUCCACAAGUUGGUAUAGACAUGCUGUCUCAUGGCAACUCAAGGACACUUUCAGUCCGAUCAGCUGAGUUAUGCCAUACCGGAGUGUACAGCUGUAAGACAAAAGAUAAUGUCAUCCAUUUUAACGUGGAUAUUAAAGCUGCAUCACCAAGAUUCAUUGAACUUCCAGAGGCAGAGAGGAACAAGUGCGUCGAAGCCGGCAGCCCCAUUACACUACAGUGUGUCGUCACAGACGCCAGUGCCCUUGUCUGCUGGUCCAAGGAUGGAGUUGAGCUUAUCCCAAAUAAAGAAACUGACAUUCAGUCAGAUGGCACCAUGAGGGGAGUGGCCAUCCGAUCUGCAGAGCUCUGUCACUCUGGGGUAUACAGCUGUGUCCUUGCUGAUGAUGUCAUGACAUUUAUGCUGGAUGUUCAAGCUCCACCAGUGAAAUUCUCAGCAGUUCCAGAAGUAGAGCGGUACAAAUCAGUUGAAGCAGGCCAGCCCAUUGUACUACAGUGCAAGCUGUCAGAUCCCACUGCCCAGGUUAAGUGGUACAAGGAUGGAAUAGAGCUCUCUUCACAAAAUGGAACAGACAUCCAAUCAGAUGGUUCCAUAAGGAGACUGGUCAUCCAAUCAGCACAGCUUUCACAUUCUGGGGAGUUCAGCUGUGAUGCUGUCGAUGAUGUCAUUGCAUUCGAGGUGAAGGUCGAAGGGCUGGCUCCUGGCUCUGUGUGUGUGGAAUUUGCAUGUUCUCAGGCUACUCUGGUUCCCUCCCACAUCCAGAGGACAUGUGGGCUAGCUCCACCAGUGAGGUUCUCAGCUGUUCCUGAAGUAGAGAAGAACAAGUCCAUUGAAGCAGGCCAGCCCAUUGUACUACAGUGUGAGCUCUCAGACCCCACUGCCCAGGUCUGCUGGUAUAAGGAUGGAAUACAGCUUCACCCAAAGACUGGAAUAGAUAUCAAAUCAGAAGGCACCAUGAGGACACUGAUUAUCCAAUCAGCAGACCUUUCUGGGGUUUACAGUUGUAAAACAGCUGAUGAUCUCAGUGAAUUUUAUGUGGAUGUUAAAGCACCUCUUGUUACAUUUGUGGAAAUGCCUGAAGAGAAUCUACAGAAAAAUGUUGUGGAACUAGAUCCUCUUGUCUUGCACUGUGAACUCUCAAGACCUGAUGCCGCCACUCAGUGGUAUAAGGAUGGGGUCGAGAUUAAACCAGGCAACAAUAUAAUCAUGAAAGCAGAUGGGACCCAAAGGCAACUAAUUAUCCAGACAACUCAGCUUUCAGACAGUGGAACAUACACAUGCCGUGCAGGAGACAAUACACUUCUAUUCAAAGUUAGCAUACGAGAGCCUCCUGUGAUGAUUGUCUAUCCCAAAGAAGAUGUCCACCUUGAUCGUUAUGUCUCGGAGGAAAUAGUGUUAAGCUGUGAGUUGUCGCGUCAAAAUGGAACAGUGAACUGGUAUAAGGAUGGCCAGAAGCUCCAGGAAAGCGAGAACAUCAAAAUAAAGUCUGAAGGCCCAUAUAGGAGACUCAAAAUUCUUCAUGGCACUGCAGAAGAUUCUGGAGAAUAUGUGUGCGAUACUGCAGAUGACUCUAUCUUUUUUCAACUCAAUAUAACUGAGGCUCCUGUCCGCAUCGUCUCCCCCAGCCAGUCUCAAAUGGAAUUGUGCCAGCAAACUUCGGAGCGGGUGGUUUUGAGUUGUGAACUCUCAAGAGCUAAUGCACCGGUACGCUGGUACCGUGAUGGUCUCGAGGUUGAAGAAAACGACAAUCUUAUCCUGGAGGUCGAUGGGAUCUACAGACGACUCAUCAUCCCCGAGACCACAGUGCAGGACUCUGCUGAAUAUGUGUGUGACACAGCUGAUGACUCUGUGACCUUCUUUGUGAAUAUUGCAGAACCACCAGUAAGGUUUGUGCGCCCCAGAAAGAUGGCAAGCACUGUGGAAAGUAUUGUUGGGGAUCCAGUAGUGCUUGAGUGUGAGGUGUCACGAGCAAGUGCCCAAGUGAGCUGGAAAAAGGAUGGAGAGGAGAUGGAAGAAAGCAGAAACAUCACCAUUAUUGAAGAUGGUAUUUCCCGCCAAUUAACCAUACGCUCAUCGAGAUUGGAGGAUUCAGGCCAAUAUAUUUGUGAUGCGAAAGACGAUGUGAUGGAUUUUACAGUAAAAAUCAGUGAGAAACCAGUAAAAAUCCUGAGCAAAAGCAACACAACAGAGCAGCAGUUUGAGACUUCUGAAGAUAUUGUCUUGGAGUGUGAGCUCUCUAGAGCGAAUGGCAUUGCCAAAUGGUACAAAGAUGGUGAGAAUAUAGUAGAAAAUGAGCGUUUCUACUUUGAGGAGGAUGGAACUUUCCGUUCACUAGUCAUCAUGAAUGCUGAGCUCACAGACUCUGGAAAAUAUGUCUGUGAUGUCAGAGAUGACAAGAUUGUCUUCCAUGUUACUGUAAAAGAACCUCCAGUUACAAUCCUGGGCAACUCAGGCAGCCCAGAGCAUCAUAGCCUGUUAGCAGGAGAUGACCUCAUCUUGGAGUGUGAAGUCUCUCGAGCUAGCGCUACUGUGGAUUGGUACAGCGACGGAAAGCUUUUGAGCUCAGAUUCUCGUACCCAUAUUGAGAGCUAUGGAACCGUCAGGAAGCUUGUCCUAUCAAGGCUGCAGCCCUCAGACUCAGGGACGUACACAUGCGAUGCUAUUGAUGACAAGAUGAGCACCAUAGUAAAAGUUCAAGAAACGCCCCUCAAGUUCUUAGACAAACCAGAGUCAAACAUAAUCACGGCUUAUGAAAAGGAAAGCGUGACAUUCAAUGUAAAGGUGUCUCAGGACAAUGCCACACUACAAUGGCUAAAGGAGUUGAAACAGUUAACAGGAGACCGUAUCCAUACAAGAAGUGAGGGGAACACUCACUUCCUAACCAUUACAGAUUUACAGCGGUCUGACAGUGGCAGGUACACUUGUGAUGCCAGCACUGAUCAGAUGCACUUCAAUCUAACAGUGAAAGCAUUCAGAGUGACAUUUGUAAGGCCACUGGAAAAUACAGUGGCCCAAAAGGACGGCCUUAUCACACUACAGUGUGAGCUCAAUGAAACCAAAGGAGAUGUGCUCUGGCUGAAAGAUGGUCAGGAGAUCACUCCCAGUUGCCGACUGGCCAUCCGGGCAGAAGGCCGAGCUCGUAGCCUGACCAUCCGUAACAUAAGUGAGAGAGACGCUGGGGAGUAUACCUGCGAAUCAAAAGAUGAUAGAACAUCUGCCAGGAUGAUAGUGGAAACACCUCGAGUUGUGGAGUUCAUUGCUGAACUAUACAACACCACCGUCCUUGAAGGGGAAGAUGCCACAUUUAAGUGUAUGGUCUCCCCGGAGGACGUACAGGUGGUGUGGUACAGGGAUGGCCAGCCGAUCACUCCGGAUGAGAGGUUUACAGUGUCCAGUAACGGGCUGUGCCACACAGUGCACAUCCACAACUGCCAAGUCUCUGACAGCUGUAGGAUCACUGCAAUGGCUGAAGGGUUAAAGUCAGAAGCCAGCCUAAAGGUCCAAGAGACACAGGUGCUGUUCACUAAGAAAAUGGAGUCUGUGAAAUCUGAAGAAUAUGGAGAGGCCACCUUUGUGGUGGAAGUGAACAUGGAGGCUGGGGAGGUGCAGUGGAUGAGGCAGGGUGUGGUCAUCCAGUCAGGGCCCAAAUUCACUUUGAAGCAGGUCGGUAGGAAGAGGAGCCUCACCAUCCACAAGCUGUCCCUCUCAGACCAGGGAAUGUACCGCUGUGAAACACUACACGACUGCACACGGGGGGAGCUCACAGUGGAGCCCAGAAAAGUCACAAUAAGGAAACGACUGGCGCAAAUCGAAACGUUUGAGCGUGAGACAGCCUCAUUUGAGGUGGAGCUGUCACACUCCAAUGUAGAAGGGGUGUGGCAGAAGGAUGGGGUCCGACUCAAGCCCAGCAACUACUGCCGCAUGAGUACCAAGGGGUGUGUGCAUAGUCUCACCGUACUGAACCUCUCCAUGGAGGACACCGGCACCAUUACCUUCUCUGCAGGGAAUGUUGGAACAUUUGCCAGGCUGGUUGUGAAAGAACUUCCUGUGACUAUUGUAAAAAAGAUGGAAGACUUGCGCCUCCCAGAGGGUUCAAUGGCAUCUUUGGAGUGUGAGCUUUCAAAACAGAAUGCUGAUGUCAAAUGGCUGAAGAAUGGAAUUGUGGUUAAACCAGACAAAAACCACCGCAUCUAUUCAAUGGGAAGAAAACGCUUUCUUCAGAUACUUAAAUGUGAUCAGAGUGAUACAGGGAUCUACACGUGCGAUGCUGGAGACACAACUGCCUCCUGCUCCCUGGACAUCUAUGAGCGGCAAGUGGAGGUGGUACAUGGUCUUGAGGAUUUAGACAUUCAAGAGGAUCAGAAUGCAGUGUUUGUGUGCGAGGUGUCUGUGGCAGAUGUACCCGGAGAAUGGUACAAAAAUGGGGAAGAGAUUCGUCCAACCAGCACCAUUAAAAUUCGCCAGGAAGGGACCAAGCACUUUCUUCUGAUUUGCAACGUGAAGGCCGAAGACUCGGGAGAGAUCAAGUUUGUGGCCAAACAAGCCGAAUCUAUUGCUUACUUAGAAGUGGAAGCACUGCCUAUGACGAUAGUGAACCCUCUCCGGGACACCACCGUUGUGGAGAAGAGCCGUGUGGUCCUGGACUGCACUGUGUCCAACCCAAGAAGCAGCAUCCGUUGGUACCACGGAAACAAUGUGGUGCUGCCCUCAGAGCACUUUGAGAUCUGCAGCGAGGGCUGCUACCGCAAGUUGGUCAUCCAGCAGGUAUCCCUAGAGGAUGGUGGUGUAUACAGCGUGCAGGUCGGGGAGCACAUAUCCUCAGCCCAGCUGACAGUGAAAGCUUGUACCAGCAACUAGCAACUGGAAGAUGGAGGAUCGACUGAAUUGUCUACUUUAGUGGGAAAGAUUGUAUGAAUUUAUAUAUGUAUUUAUUGUUUAUAGUAUGGAUGGGAAAAAUCUUCAUUUUCUUCCAAUGGAUUUGGAGAGGAAGCUCAAUGGGAGACAAAGAAAGAAAAUGAUUUGUAACAAUCAGGUUCUCAGAAGGAAAGAGGAUCUCAAAAUAAAGUGUGACCUGGAACAAGAGCUGACAUUAGGAAAGAAGUAUAUUUCUUCAUAAAUGUAUAAGAACAUGAACUCUCUGUAGUACCUCCUUUCUUGUACAGUGUGCCAUAUUGGUUCACUGCUCCAAAAGGACUUGAUUAAAUAAAUGCCAUUCAAGAAUUUAUAGAAAUGUUGAUUAAAGUACUUAAUUGGAGGAAAACUGUGCCACUAUGUUGAUGAGGACAAUAAUGUAGAAGAAACAAUAAAAUAUGAAAGUCAUUUCCUAUACAGUAAGUUGUUAGUAAGACAAUUGCAAUGACAGUAAAAUAAAAAAGCAAAAUCUGCUUCAUAAUUUUACCUAAAUAUACAAUGAAUGUUUCAUCAUUAAGUAUAAGUUACAUUCAGUAAUUCCAGAAUAUUUUUGCAAUGUUUUUUUCCAUAAUGCAUAUAAUUUGCUUUAACUUCCCAAUGUCGCUCUAUACACACACAUCAUCUUUUUUUGAAUUCAUCUAUAAGACUCUGCGGGAUUGUUGUUAAAAAAAAAUAAAAAAUCAGUACGUCCUCUUUGAAUAAAACAUGCUUUAUGGGGA